GGGAAUCCGCCAUGAAAACACGUAGAAGAAGAAGAGUAACUGUGACGUCACGCGGCUCCUGCUUCGUGAUUGGUCGCUGUGUUCAUUUUGAACAGUGAGCCGCUCUUCUCCCGGGCCGAGAAAGACGACUGACGGUCCGGCAGGAUGAUGGACUCGUGUUUAGCCGGGAAGCCGGAGAGGGUGGGACCGGUGGAGGUGGACGACAUCCGGAAAGAUCUGCUCACCGACUUCUCUGCCCUGCCCACACAGGAGAGGCUUCAGGCUCAGACGGAGAACCUGCAGGUCUACCUGAGGAUCCGACCGUUCACCUCCACAGAGAGCGACAAUGGAGAGUCCCAGGAGUGUGUCACCAUGGAGGGCUCACACACCGUGGUCCUGAAGGCUCCUAGAACCUGUCAAUCAAGUCGCCAGAGCGAGAAGCCCCUCCCACAGACUGCCCAGAGGUUCACCUUCACCCAGGUGUUUGGUCCAGACUCCAGUCAGAGGAGGGUGUUUGAGGGUUCAGUUCGAGGUUUGGUUCGGGACGUCCUGGACGGAGGAAACUGUCUGGUGUUCACCUACGGAGUGACCAACGCCGGCAAGACCUUCACCUUCCUGGGUCCGGAGCACGACUCGGGGCUGCUGCCUCGCUCUCUGGCUGUGAUCUUCAGCAGCCUGGAGGGCCGUCUGUACGGCGGCUGCGACCUGAAGCCGACUCGCUGCCGGGACGUGAGCCGGCUGAGCCGCGAGCAGCAGCAGCAGGAGAGCAGCCGCAAGAGCAGCCUGCUGAGGCUCCUCAAGGAGAGUGACAGCAGAGGUCUCUCUCUCUGCAGAUCCACGUCUCUAGAAGGCUCCUCCCUCAGCGACAGCAGUGUGAGCAGUGUUUCGGAGGACAGCUUCAGUCUGGACGUCGGCUCUGACACCAGCUUCUCCGUCUGGGUUUCCUUCUGUGAGAUUUACAACGACAACAUCCACGACCUGCUGGAACAGGUUCCCAGUGGAACCCACAGGAGAACCGUGCUCCGCCUGUCCCAGGACGUCAAGGGGAACUCCUUCGUCAAAGACCUGCGCUGGGUCCAGGUCAGCAGCUCGGAGGAGGCCCACAAGCUGGUCAGGAUCGGCAGGAGGAACCAGAGCUUCUCCUCCACCAGACUCAACCAGCUGUCCAGCAGGAGCCACAGCAUCUUCUCCAUCCGGAUCCUCAGGGUGCAGGACGCCCAGCCUCCCAGAAUCCUCGGCGUCAGCGAGCUGGCUCUGUGUGACCUGGCCGGCUCGGAGCGGUGUUCCCGCACGCAGAACCGCGGCGAGCGUCUGAAGGAGGCGGGAAACAUCAACAGCUCCCUGCUGACGCUCGGCAAGUGCAUCAACGCCAUGAGGCUCAACCAGCACAGCAAGUUCCAGCAUCACGUUCCCUUCAGGGAGUCCAAGCUGACUCACUUCCUGCAGUUCUUCUUCUGUGGUGCUGGACGCGUCUCCAUGGUGGUCAACAUCAACCAGUGCUCGUCGAGCUUCGACGAGACGCUCAACGUGCUCAAGUUCUCCGCUCUGGCCCAGAAGGUGGUGGUGCUGAGCUCCCGGUCGGUCGCCCCGGGCGACGCCACCCGCAGGUCGGCCAGGGAAGUGUCCAUGAUCAUCAACGAGGCCGACCGGCGCAGAAACCUGCUGGGGCGGGGCCGCAAGAGCUCGCUGGUCGCCUGGGAAACCAGCCUGGAGGACGUCCAGGAGGAUGAGGACGAAGAAGAGGACGAAGAGGAGGAGGAGGAGGAGGAGGAGGAGGAGGAGAGUGUGAUGGAGGGAACUGUGCUGGAGGCAGGAGGUGAUGGAGAGAAGACGGCACUGGAGGCGCAGGCAGACAGGGAGUCGGAGCUGCGUUUGCUUCUGGAGUCUCAGAUCAGGGAGGAAGUCAGCGCCGAGUUCAUGGAGCUCUUCAACAAGAUGGAGAGAGACUACAGUGAGCGUCUGGAGAAGGAGCGGGAGCUGCUGGAGGACAAAGCAGAGAAGAGACUGGAGAUCCUCAAGAACCUGGUCAGCAAGACAGUCGACCUGUCUCACAUCAACACUGAGGACAGCAAGGAGCAGCAGGCGGCCAUGCUGGAGGGAAUCAUCAGCAGCGUCUCUGAGGACCUGCAGAGGAUCCGGCAGGACGCCCAGACGGUGCACCGGUGCCUGGCCGAGCAGACACACACCGCAGAGCUCGAGGCGCUGCGAUUGGAGAAGCAGCAGUCACAUGACCAACUGCAGGAAGCCCAGCAGGCUCUCGAGCUGCAGAGCCACAAGCUGUCUGAGCUGAUGGAGAUCUGCCAGCAGAAAGACGGCGUCAUCGGCAAACUGCAGGCGGCGAUGGACCGCACGGUGGAGGACGCCACCAGAGACAGGGUCCAGGUGGAGUCCAUCAGGAAGGAGCUGAUGGAGCUUCAGCAGACCUGUCGCUGCCUGAAGACGAGAGGAGGAGGAGCAGAGAGGGAGGAGGAGGAGGAGGGCAGGAAGCGGAGGAGCGACGCUCUGGAGGAGAACGAAGGAGGACCAGCCAGGAAGAGAGUGGUUCUGGAGGAGGAGAUCUGGAGGCUUCAGGAGGAGAAUGACAAGAAGGAGGAGGCCAUCUGCCAGCUGAGAGGAGAGAGAGAGGAGAGGAGCCGUCUGCAGGAGGAGCUGAGGAGGAGGGAGGAGGAGCAGCAGGAGGAGCUGAAGAGGAGAGAGGAGGAGCUGAGGAGGAGGGAAGAGCUGAAGAGGAGGGAGGAGGAGCUGCAGGUGGAGCUGACAAAGAGAGAGGAGGACAAAAGCAAACUGGAGGAGGAGCUGCGGAGGAGGGGGGAGGAGGUGGAGGAGCUGAAGAAGCAGCAGGCGUUGCUGGAGCAGAGUGUGGAGAAGCUGUCAGCCGACGUGGAGGAUCAGUGUUCGGACAGCGACGCCCUGCUGGCCUCGCUGGAGGCCGAGCAGAGAGAGACGAGCCGCCUCAGCAAGGAGAACAAGGCCCUGGUCAACGGCAUCUUCCAGCUGCAGACGGAGGUGACCGGCCUCCAGACGCAGCUCACACAGCAGACUGGCAGGGCUGACAGCCUAUCAGAGCAGCUGGACACCGCCAAGGCCCGCCUCCAGGACCUGGAGAGCCAAUCAGAGGAGACGAGCAAGACCGUGGACAGUCUCCAACAGGAAGUGGACGCUCUGAGACAGGAAGCGGACGCUCUGAGACAGGAAGCGGAGCAGCUGAGACAGGAAGCGGACGCUGUGAGACAGGACGUCAAGGAGGAGGAGCCGCAGAGCAGCGGUGUUUUCCACGCUGCGAUUGAGGAACUGAGGAAGGAGAGCCGGGCGGCGCUGGAGAGGUCGGCUCUCAAAUCCCAACAGGUGGAAAACCUGCAGAGAGACAAAACCCAGCUGGAGAAAACCCUGACGGACAGGGAGAGCGAGUGCACGCAGCUCAGAGAGGAGCUGGCCAAUCAGAGAGCAGAGGUGUCGGCCGGUCGGGCCGAGAGCGACGCCCUGAGGGAGAGACUGGAGAGAGUCCAGCAGGAGCUGCGUGGAGCCCUGUCUCAGCAGGAGCAGCUGGCCGAGGACAGGCGGAGGCAGGUGGAGGCUCUGAGCCAAGAGCUGGAGAGAACGAGGGAGGCCGGCCUGCAGAGGAGGGAGGAGGAGGAGGAGGAGGAGGAGGAGGGGAGGAAGGUGUCCGUGGUGGAGGAGCUGAAGGAGGAGAUCCAGAAGCUGCAGGAGAGACGGGAGAGACGCGGCCGGCAGGAGGAGGAGGAGCAGGGGGAGGAGGAGGAGGAGCGGGGCAGGGAGUUUGAGGCGGUGAGGAGGGAGGUGGAGAGGCUGCAGACACUCAACACAAACACUCAGAGUGCUCGCUCAGGACAGGAAGUCGUCCUCUCUCCUCUGCAGCCCAACGAGCUGAAGACCAAAACCCCCCGAAGCACCAGGAGGAAGAGGAAGAGCUCCGACAUGGAGGACCUGGUUCACAGUGAGAACAAGAGGAACCGAGCGCGAGGAACCAGCAGAGCCAAGAACCAGGAGAAGAAAGAUGGAACCCUCCAGAAGAUCGGAGAGUUGAUCCACAGCUCACCUUCCAUACUUGGCAGCAAAGCUAAAACCAUCAUCGGUCUGGUCAGCGGACGCUCCGUGGAGAAGGAGGCGGUUACCGUGGCAACCAAGCCCCGGCGAGGCAGGAGGAAGCUGUUCAAGACCGACGCCGCCGCCCAGCUCAUCGACUCGCCCCUGCUGGUGAUGGGCGGAGCCGAGGAGGAGAAGGAGAGCGACCACGUCAUCAUCAGGAGACAGCUCCGCUCCAAGACCUGCAGGAAGUGACGUCACAGGAAGUGAUGUCACAGGAAGAUGGCCGAAACGCUGCCGCCGCUCACCACUCAAAGGGAUUGAGUCUCUCCGGUCCUCACAGAGGUGGCGCUCUCCUUGGAUUAUUCCACAGCAUCAGACCAAGGCCACGUCAACAAAGUCCGGCGCUGUUUGCUGUGUGUGAACAACACAGCUGAGAUUAUAAUCCCACUUUUUAAUCCCAGGACGUUAAAAACCCUGUUUCAGAGCGAGUUGAAAUCAUUUCUCUGAGCUGGAGUUUUGUUUGCUCUUGGUUUGUAAACAUGUAAAUAUGUAAACAUGUGGAUGGCGGCGUGUCGAUGAUCUGACUCGACUUUUCGUCUCUGGAGGAGUUAGGAUUAGGAUUAGGCUCGUCUCUUCUUCUGUGGUGCUCAGACUGUGAAGACACAGCAGACGGACUGUGAGGAGGUUGUCCCCUCCAGGCCUGCCCCCCAGUGGACACAAUGAAAAUAUAAAAUGUGUCAUUCUUAUGAAAACAAACAAAAAAAAUGUCAUCACGUCAGACUGUCUUCGUUUUUUAAUCUUAAUCUGAAGAAAAGCCGUCAUAUGACGCCGGGAGGGAUUAUCAGAUGAGCGAGUACAUAUUGUUUAAUUAUUCAUGAUUAUAAUUUUAAAGCACAUUAACUGCCUGAUUUAAAACAAAAAAAUGUUGUGUAUCUAAAAAGGUUAAGUUUUAAAAAAGCACACAACCUUUCACGAUUCAAGAUUUUAAUCUGGAUUUUGUGUCGUUUGGCUGCGACGUGUAGACGAGUGAGUCCAGGCUGUUUCCUUGUAAUUUACAAAGAAAAAAAUCUGUAAUUUACUGCUGAGGCUUUUUUUUUUUUUUUAGUUUAAAACUUUAAUUUGAAUAAAUCGAUUUAUCACCCAGCCCAACUGAGAUUAUAAUCCCACUGACUCUGAGCAUGUUUUAAUCCCAGGUCAUCAAAACCCAUUUCAAAACGAGUUCAAAUCAUUUCUGUGAACUGGAUUUUUUUUUUU